AUGGAAUAUAAUACAAUUUUAAACAAUACAAGUAAAACAAGAGUAUGUUAUUUCUUUGAUCAAGAUGUUGGUAAUUACUUUUAUGGUCCUUAUCAUCCAAUGAAACCUCAUCGUUUAUGUUUAACAAAUAAUUUAGUUUUAAACUAUGGUUUACAUAAGAAAAUGCAUCUUUACAAAGCUAGACCUGCUGAUGCUGAAGAUAUGUUGAAAUUUCAUUCUGAAGAUUAUGUUGAUUUUUUAGAAAGAGUUACACCAGAAAAUAUUAAUGAAUGGAAAGAUGUUAAAAGGUUUCAUAUUGGAGAGGAUUGUCCAGUAUUUCCAGGAUUGUAUGAUUAUUGUUCAAUUUAUUCAGGUGGAUCAAUUGAAGGAGCGUUAAAAUUAAAUCAUAGGAUGUAUGAUAUUGCAAUUAAUUGGAGUGGUGGAUUACAUCAUGCAAGAAAGGAUGAAGCAUCUGGUUUCUGUUAUGUAAAUGAUAUAGUAUUGGCAAUUUUAGAACUUUUGAAAUUUCAUGCACGUGUACUCUACAUUGAUAUCGAUGUUCAUCAUGGCGAUGGUGUUCAAGAGGCAUUCUAUCUAACUGAUAGAGUUAUGACUGUAAGUUUUCAUAAAUUUGGUGGUGAUUUCUUUCCUGGUACUGGUGAUAUCGAUGAAAUUGGUGCUAAAACUGGUAAACUCUAUUCUGUAAAUGUACCAUUAGCUGAUGGUAUUGAUGAUAAAAACUAUUUAAAUAUUUUUAAACCUGUAAUUCAAGGAGUAAUGGAUUAUUAUAGGCCAUCAGUUAUAGUAUUACAAUGUGGAGCAGAUUCAUUAAGAUUUGAUAGAUUAGGUUGUUUUAAUUUAACAAUUAAAGGUCAUGCAGAAUGUGUUAGAUUUGUAAAGAGUUUUAAUAUACCAACCUUGGUAUUGGGUGGUGGUGGCUAUACAGUUAGAAAUGUAGCAAGAUGUUGGACUUAUGAAACAUCAGUUUGUGUAGACACUGAAGUUAAUAAUGAACUACCAUACAAUGAUUACAUUCAAUUCUAUAGUCCCGAUUUUCAAUUGAUACCUGAUUACACUGGUUUACCAUUUAAAUAUGAAAAUGCAAACACCAAGUCUUAUUUAGAAUCUCUCAGAAUUAAAAUUUUAGAAAAUUUAAGAAUUUUACAAUGGGCACCAAGUGUUCAAAUACAAGAUGUUCCACCUGAUAUAAUGCCAAUUGAUUUUGAUAGAGAUGAAGAUUCAAAAGAAAAUAUGGAUAAAAGAAAGAAAAAGCAUAAUGAUUUUAGUUGA